GCGUCGCUAUGUCCUCGGGGGACCUGGAGAACGACGAGCGCACGGCGGCCGUGCUGCAGGGCCUGGUGGCCACGGCCCUGGGGCUGCGCCUGCCCCGCGGCCACGAGCCGCCCUUCCGCCGCCUCUCGGGUGAGCCCGGGUGGCCCCAGGUGUCCCUAAAUGGCCCCAAAGUGGCGCUAAGUGGCCCAAAAUGGCACCAGAGUGGCCCAAAAUGGCACCAAAGUGGCACUAAGUGGCCCAAAAUGGCAUCAAAUUGACCCUAAAUGUCCCCAAAUGGCCCCAAAGCGUCCCCAGGUGUCCCCAAAGUGUCCCAAAAUGGCC